CGAGAUGGUCAUAAGCUCGUGAGUGCUUCUACAGAUAACAUAGUGUCACAGUGGGAUGUUCUUUCAGGAGAUUGCGACCAGAGGUUUCGAUUCCCUUUACCCAUCUUAAAAGUCCAAUAUCACCCUCGAGAUCAGAACAAGGUUCUCGUGUGUCCCAUGAAAUCUGCUCCUGUCAUGUUGACCCUUUCAGAUUCCAAACAUGUUGUUCUGCCGGUAGACGAUGACUCGGAUUUGAACGUGGUGGCAUCUUUUGAUAGGCGAGGGGAAUAUAUUUAUACAGGAAAUGCGAAAGGAAGAGAAACAACUGGGACAAGCAAUACUACCGCCAUUAAGUCAAUUGAGUUUGCCCGGAAGGGGAGUUGCUUCUUAAUUAACACAGCAGCUCGAAUAAUAAGAGUCUAUGAUGGCAGAGAGAUUUUAACGUGUGGAAGGGAUGGAGAGCCGGAGCCUAUGCAGAAGCUGCAGGACUUGGUGAAUAGGACUCCAAGGAAAAAAUGUUUCUCUGGGGAUGGGGAGUACAUAGUGGCAGGCUCUGCGAGGCAGCAUGCACUGUAUAUCUGGGAAAAGAGCAUUGGCAACCUGGUGAAGAUCUUACACGGGACUAGAGGGGAACUCCUGCUGGACGUGGCUUGGCAUCCAGUCCGACCCAUCAUAGCUUCUAUUUCUAGUGGAGUGGUGUCCAUUUGGGCCCAAAAUCAAGGAGAAAAUUGGAGUGCAUUUGCACCAGACUUCAAAGAGUUGGAUGAAAAUGUAGAAUAUGAGGAAAGAGAAUCAGAAUUUGAUAUUGAGGAUGAAGAUAAGAGUGAGCCUGAGCAAACAGGGGCUGAUGCUGCUGAAGAUGAGGAAGUGGAUGUCACCAGCGUGGAUCCCAUUGCUGCCUUCUGUAGCAGUGAUGAAGAGCUGGAAGAUUCAAGGGCUCUAUUGUAUUUACCCAUUGCCCCUGAGGUAGAAGACCCUGAAGAAAACCCGUAUGGCCCUCCACCGGAUGCAGUCCCAAGCUCCUUGAUGGAUGAAGGGGCUUGUUCAGAGAAGAAGAGGCAGUCUUCAGCAGAUGGGUCCCAGCCACCAAAGAAGAAACCUAAAACCACCAAUAUAGAGCUCCAAGGAGUGCCGAAUGAUGAAGUCCAUCCACUACUGGGUGUGAAGGGGGAUGGCAAAUCCAAGAAGAAGCAAGCAGGCCGGCCUAAAGGAUCAAAAGCAGGAGGAGCAAUCUCAGAACUGCUGUGAAGACCCUGAAACCCUUGGUUCUUCUCACUUUGUCAUCAGGUAGCCUUUGGACAGUGUGGCCAA